GUAGUGACGUCCCCUUCCUCCCCCACACCCAGACAGACUCACAGCUCUCUGCCGGUGGAAGCUUGUUGGACAGCGCGGGGCCAUUUGGCGCAGUAUUGAGCUACAGCCAUCGACAAAGGACGUCCAGUUAUUUAUUUAUCGUCGUAUUUGUGAAAUUUAUUUAAUACAAUUUGCCGCUAAAGUUUAAAAAUGAGCUCAAUUAACGUGAAAAAGCUUAAAGUGAACGAGCUGAAGGACGAGCUGAAGAAGCGUGAUCUCUCGGACAAGGGGCUGAAGGCCGAGCUGAUGGACCGCCUGCAGGCCGCGCUGGACGCCGAGGCCCUUGCCGGUGACUCCCCGCUGGACCAAGAAGCUGGAGCGGACGAUGGAUGCGGCCUAUCCGCCGACCAGGAGGGCAUGGGAGAGGAAGAAGAGGGCGAAGGCCCGAUAGAAGAAAGCAUGGAGGCCAACGAGGAGGAGGAGGAAGAAGAACAAGAAGAAGAAGAGGAGGAGGAGGCGGCGGAGGCGGAAAAUGGGGGCAACGGUGAUGGCGUUGCCGAGGACGAAGAGAUGGGCGAGGGGGAAGAGGAUGGAGACGAGGACGACGAGAUGGACCCCAUGCUGAAGGGAGAUGUGGACGACAUGGAGAAAAUCGAGCCAGAGGACGGUGAGCCCGCGGAGCAGGCUGCUGAGGGGGAUGCGGACAAAGACACGAAUGCUGAUCAGAAGAAUAAGAAGGGUGUUAAGAGACGCCGGGAGGAACAUGGAAGGGGCUACUUUGAAUUUAUUGAAGAGAACAAAUACAGCUGGGCCUCAUUUAAGUCUCCUGUGCCACCACUGGAGGAAGAAGAUGAGGAGUUUGAUGAAACAAAAGUCUGCCUUGAUACCUACAACUGCGACCUGCACUUUAAAGUGUCACGGGACCGUUACAGCGCCUCCUCUCUUACUAUGGAGAGUUUUGCUUACCUGUGGUCCGGAGGCAAGGCCACCUACGGUGUGAACAAAGGAAAAGCCUGCUUUGAGAUGAAGAUUGCAGAGAAGAUUCCUGUGAAGCACAUCUCCAGCAAAAACAUGGAGAUUCAUGACGUGCAGGUCGGCUGGUCCCUGUCUACUGGCACCCUCCUCCUUGGCGAGGAGGAACAUUCUUAUGCAUACUCCGGAAAAGGCAAGAAGACCACCAACUGUGUGACAGAGGAUUUCGGAGAAACCUACGAGGAGAAUGAUGUCAUCUGCUGCCUUAUUGACUUUGAGGGGGACGAGGUGGUGAUGUCCUUCUCUAAGAACGGCGGCGAGCCGGCUGUCGCUUUCCAGAUCACUAAGGACAGUCUGGACGGCCAGGCUCUGUUCCCACACGUCAUCUGCCACAACUGUGCCGUGGAGUUCAACUUUGGCCAGAUGGAGACUCCAUAUUUCCCUCAGCCCCAGGAGUACACCUUCCUGCAGCAGAUCCCUGUGGAUGACAGAGUCCGGGGCCUCAUCGGGCCACAGACCAAAGCAGACUGCGAGAUCAUUGUGAUGGUUGGCCUGCCAGGCUCAGGGAAGACUACAUGGGUGAAGAACCAUGUCCAGGAGAACCCUGGCAAAUACUACAUCCUGGGCAGUGACACCAUUGUGGACAAGAUGAUGAUCAACAGUCUGAAACGCCAGUCAAAGGACAUUACCAAACUGAGCGCCAUUUCCCAGCGAGCACCACUUUUCCUGGGAAAGUUCAUUGAGAUCGCUGCCCGCAAGAAGAGGAACUACAUUCUGGAUCAUACCAACCUGUCUGCCCCCGGCCAGAAGAGGAAGAUGUGCUUGUUUGCAGGCUUCCAACGCAAAGCUGUGGUGGUCUGCCCGUCUGACGACGACUACAAGCUGAGGGUCCAGAAGAAGGUUGAGAGUGAUGGCAAAGAGGUGCCUGAACACGCAGUCCUUAAAAUGAAAGGCUUCUACUCCCUGCCUGAGGAAGGAGAGAGCUUCAGUGAUGUCAUCCAUGCUGAGCUGCCCAAGGAGGAGGCUGGGAAGCUGCUGGAACAGUACAAAGAAGAGAGCAAAACCGCUCUGCCGGCUGAGAAGAAACCCAACCAGGGUAGCACUACACCAAAAAGAGGUGGUGGCCUGCGCGGUGGCGGCCGGGGAGGAAAGAACCAGUUUGGUCGUGGCGGUGGACCGGGACAGAGAGGCGGUGGCCGCGGAGGCUUCCAGAACAGAGGAAACUUCAGAGGAGCUCCUGGCCCUCGUGGCGGCUUCAGCCAUCCACACCGUGGCUUCCUCCCUCCCCCAGCCUUCAGAGGAGGCUUCCCUAACCGCGGAAACUUCAACCGCGGUCGCCCGAUUCCCAGCCUGGCCGGAUCCCCCAGGGUCGGACCAAUGAGGGGCAACAUGGGACCCAGGGGGGGCCCCAUGAACAGAGGUGGCCCAAUGAACAGAGGGAACAUGGGCAGAGGAGGGGGAGCCAACAUGCACCGUGGGGGCUCCAGGGGACAUCACAACCAGUUCCAGCAGAGAGGUGGUAACCGUGGAAACUAUGGCAACUUUGGAAACAAGAAUGGCAACUAUGGCGGAAACAACAGGAACAGUGGUGGCAACUACGGUGGCAACAGGAACGGCAUGGACAAGGCCCAAGCCUUCAACCAGAGCUGGCAGCAAGGGUUCUGGAACCAGAAGCCGUGGAGCCAGCAGUACCAGCCUGGAUAUUACUGAGACACUUGUUGUUAUGGACUGGUGGCCCACACUGACCCACCACUAGCCACGGAACAUCCCUCCACUCCGCUUUUGAUUUUACUUUUCCUAAAACCCACUUUUAAUAAUCUUAAACCCCCAUCAACUGACAAUGAUAUGGAACAACAUUCCACAUCAGAGAGGAGACCAGGCGUGUAAUAGGAGCUUUAUAUCUCUAUACACAUGUACAAUGUGGGUUCAGUCUCAUUCAAUCAUCUGUUUAUUUCUUUUGUUGUAUAUUUCAUUAUCCUUUUUUUCACCACUUUUAAAUGAUGUGCUUUUAAAAAAAUCUCGUUUGUAAUAUCAGGAACCAGAAACAUUUAUGCCAGCCCGGCAGAUGUUAAGAGAUUUUUUUCAGGGUUGUGCAUUUUAUCUGUGCGGUGAUUUUUAUUUGCUUUUUUUAUUACAAAUUGUAAAUAUUUUUUUUGUUUUUUUUCCCACGUAGUUUGUAUGAGAAGUUAAAAAAACCGAUAAGGAUUGAAAGGAACCUUGGCUUAUUAGCAAGAAGCAUGGUAGCUGAUUAUAUUGUUAGGCUGUUCAUGUCAAUAGAGUCCACUGUCAGUUAAACUGAAGCUACAGAUGAAUUGUCUUUUGUUCCCAGCAUCAAACCUGUAACCUAAACUCCAUAGACCUACAAUAAACAACUCGUUGGCUUUUUUACAUUCUUUCUGGCUUAUGACUUUUGAUUCAGUUCAAAGGUGUGUAAAAGACCUUUGAAUGGGCGUUGUCCUAGUUUGCUACUUCAAACAGGACAUCAGCCGCACUACAAGCCCAGUUUACACCUCAUUAGUCAAGUAUUCCCUUCAAGUGUCCUGUCUUUGAUAUGUCCUGGAGCUAUUCUGAUCUACAUCGCUUUGAGAAAGUAUUUUGGCCAAGCCAUUUUAAGGAUCUAAGUAAGCCAUUUUAGUACAUUUUUUACUUUUAAGUCUCUUAAUUUAUGUUUAAAUUGACUAAACGGUUCCUUUAGUGCAUAGACUUCUGAAAAAAACAUCUUGCACUGAUCACCCAACUAACAACAAACAGAACCACAAUAGAAAUUGCCUUUUUUUUUUUUUUUUCUAGUCCAUGUGCAUUUCUUUUAAUCAAUUUUGACACCACUAUUUAAAUUUUGAACAAAUUUCUGAUGAUUCAAGUUCAGCACAAGAGUGAAGGAAAGCAGGCAGGGUUACUCAUAUUUCACCAGCAAACCUAAAGGGCUACACAGCAUCACAACACAUCCACUAGUACCGCCAGCAACAGUCUGUCAGGAAGAUGGAACAAGAAGCGGAGGAACUCUUUUUGUUUAAGGCAUUCUGUUGUUUCAACACACUCCAGAGUUCAUGUUGGUGACUGUGUGGCCCGGCAAUAAUGGCAGCUCCUCACCAGCAGCUCAUAAUGUGUCCCGGCACAUUCUCCUGGCAGAGGAUCACCCUGCUUGUGUUUCAGCACUAAAACAUCAGAGCUGGAAAACAGACCAUCACAAUAGAUGAGAUAAAACCUUGUGGUGUGUGCUCAUUGUUUUUAUAUUUUAUCUGCACAUGUGGAUAUUUGAUAAACAUGUAAAUACUUCACUAUUUCAACCAUGCACGAAUGUUCAUGCAUUAAUUGGCUUGGAGUAAUAACUGUAUUGUGAUAAAGAAAGUGUUAGUUUGCCCGAGUACUGCUGUGUGAUGAAUUGUCGACUAUAUUUAAAUGUGUGGAGAGUUUGUGCCCUCCUGUUUUAUUGUACUGGAUACAUAAAUCUAGCUGAAUGCAAGCUUUGAGUUUACAAUAUAACCUAUAAUAACAACAGACUAUAUUUUUAUCGCUUUAUGUUGCAGGUUGUAUAUCAGGUCUUUUAUUAUUAAACCAACAAUGCAAACGCUUUGAGACUUUACGAGAUUUGUUGUCUUUUCUAUCUUACAGUUUUUUGAUAUUUUGUGUUUUAAAAAAUUGGGACUGUAUUUCUUUUUUAUUUGACUCAGCUCUAUUAAAGUUAAAGAAGCUGGUA